AUGAUGCAGCGGCGUCAGUGUCUGCUGUGUUUUUCGGCUUUUUCUGGAUCGCGCUGUUGUAAUGUGUGGUCCCGCGCCAGUCCAUGCAUUGACGGAAGGUCCGCCGCUGUUCAGCCACAUUUCACUCAUUUCGUGAUGCGCCAUUUUUCCCAGCAGGGGGGGUGCGCUGGAACGGGCGUGCCUUUGCCGGACGAAGAAAGAAGCAGCAACCACGAAAGUGCCGAGAGACGUUUACGUGGCGAGUUGGAGUGUGUCAUGAAGCGUCUUGACGCUGCGCAUGAAGUCAUUCGUGAGCUUCUGCGACUUGUAGAUAAAAAGCGCUACGCCAAUGAGCUUGCCCAGCUGGAUAAGAAGGUUGUGGGCGGCGCGGGCUUGCUUGUGACAACCACUGCUGCAGAACUUGAGAAGGCACUGCAGACGCCCGGGUCCCGCAUUGUCCUCCUGGAAAACCACCAUUAUGCGUUAGCAUCGCAUUGCCCAAUAGUAAUCUCCCACACAAAUGUCUCUAUUUGGGGUAACAAUUCCACAAUUGAGGGGAGCAUACAACUCUCGCGCAGUGCCACCUUGGACGCGUGCGAAGUUACUUUUCAGGGCUUGAAGGAUACAUCAGACGAGUAUGACGAGGAUGGGGUAGAUUGGAGAAGCACCUCUAUGCUUCCGUGCAUCGAGGCGACGCAGCGUUCCCGAGUAUAUCUGCGCGACUGCAGCCUUAUUGGAGGACGCGACGGCGUGUACCUCGGCAUUGAAUCCGAGGCGCGACUAAAAAAUGUUCUCAUCGCAGAUUGUGUCCGAGGGAUUUAUGAAGGCGUCGGCUGCAGUGUUUUUCUCGCGGAGUGCGCGAUGGCGGGGAACUUCUUUCAUUUGGUGCUGCUUGGCCGGGACCGCGGGACGAGGGCGGCCGCGCUGUCAGCCUCGAAUCCGUCGGAUGCAACGAAUGAAAAGACAGAAACACCGGUGCGUUUUCUUGACACUUCAGAUGUGGGGAAAAAGCGCACCCGUGCCGACAUUAGCCUAGACCACAAUCCAAUUACCGACACCUAUGCAGAAUUUAUUCAUGGGGGCAAAAAGAUUGAGUUACCUGAAAAUUUGGCCACCUGUGGCCUUUCCGACCCCGUGUACUGA